CCGCGGGCCGCACCACGGGCCGCGCGGAGGCCGCCGCGGCGGGCGGCGGGCGCAGGCUGUCCUCGGCCGCCGCCGCGGCGCUGGAGAUGCCGGUGCACAAGCCGCAGUUCGGCGACGCCCGCACGAGCCUCUUCGAUGUCAUCGUGACCUCGGCCAGCGAUCUGCCGUUCGAGCUGCCGGUGGCCCAGAUCUUGGAGGAGACGUGCGCUGGCAUGCACGGCGCGCAGUCUGGGAUCGGCGACCUCAAGUCCGGCUCGCUGAAGGACCUUGCGGACGGCCUCAAGGCGGCGGAGUACGACGCGGUGAGGCACUGGCGGGCCAUGCGGGCGGCGCUCGGGCUGGGGGCCGUGCGGGUCAUCUGCACGUCGCUCUUCUGGCUGGCGGUCGGGGCCAUUUUCGGCACCGUAGCUUGCGAGGCGCACGCGGAGCUGCGGACCCGGUUGGCGCACAGCUGGUUCUCCCUGACGCUGGACCUCAUGGGCCCAGUCCGCGGGUCCAGGCCGCGGUCCUCGACCUGGGUCCUGGACAUGAUCCUGGUGGCCCUGGUGCAGGCCAUCUUCCGGCUGCUGGUGGACGCCUUCCCGCCAGAGCACGAGAGGAUCGUGCGAUCGUCGGAUUCCGUCCUGGACAGGCUGACCCAGGUCGUCUACCAGGAGGUGCUGGGCUUCUGCCCGAGCCAGGAGAGCUUCCACGUCCUCCGGACGCGGCUCUUCUGCGAGAACGUGCUCCGGAACCCCGCCGCGAACCAGGAGGAGUCGAUGCGGAGCGAGCUGCGGAGGGAGAAGCAGACCCGGCGCAACCGGCUGGCCCAGUCGCUGCCCCUGAGCUUCGGAGAGGAAGAUGGGCUGCCCCUGGAAGAUACGCAACUGGAGCACGUGCUCGCGCGGCGUGAGCGGGACCGCGAGCGGGCCACCGCCAGCGCAAAGAGAGAGAGGGGCGACGGCGACGCCAACUCGCCGAUGAAGGCCCAAUUCAGGGAUGCGAGCUCGAUACAAAUCCCGAGCCCGAUCGACAUCCUUUUCUCGGGUUUUCUGCCGCUGGGCGCCGAGACGCUCAGCGUGGACCGGUACGCCAACCUGUCGGCGCUCGGGGACGAGAUCGCUGAGCGCCAGCUGACCGAGCUCUACCCCGACGACGGCGAGGGCAGCACGUGCAGCUCGCUGGAGACAUGCGCCCGCUCCCCGAAGCCGGCGUGGGGCAACGGCAGCUCGGCGUCGCGCCCGGCGUCGCGGCCGGACUCCCGCGCCCCGGGCGGCUUGUCCAGGGCCAGGAGGCCUGGCUCCUCCGACGGCGCCGCGCGCGCCCCGCCGGGCAUCCACGCCCGCCGGCACGCCCGCAGGGGCGCCCCGGACGCUGUCGAGCGGCGGAGGCGCGAGGAGGUGCUGGCGGAGCUGCUGGAGACGCCCGUGCGGGAGGGCGCCGCGCUCCGCACGGUGCUGGUCUCGCCCGUCAUCGACAGGCUGGCGCCGAGCGACGGGGACCGCGGAGUCCUGAAGAAGCCCCUCUUCGAGGCCCGGGAGCUGCAGAUGAGGCGCCUCCGGCCGGGCUCCCUGCACCCGCUCCCGCCGCUGUCGCAGAGUGAGCCGGCAUUGGGAGAGGGCCAGGACCCGUCGGCACCGCCGGCCGGCCUCCCCAAGAGGCUCGCGAAGGGGGCCCUCGGGGCGGCGGAGGCGCGCCCCGACAAGAAGCCCCCGCGGCCCGAGGAGGGUGCCAUGUCCAGAGCGGCGGGGUCCAAGGUUCUCAGGAAGGAGGUGCUCACCUGCGAGCCCCCGGCCACCCUUAGGCACGCGGUGGUGCUGGGCCGGCUUGCGCAGCAGGCCGAGAACAGCAGGCAGCAGUCUUUCGACCAGUACAAGAAGGACUACG